AUGAGCCACAAGAGAAAACGAUUUCAACAAUUGGUUGAAGAUGAUCUCAUCGAAGGAAAACCAAUCUAUAGUAGCGGAGAUGAAGAACCAUCGGAAGAGGAUGAAAUGGAUUUUUUCAAUGACAUUCCACAAGAAUACGACAGUGAUAGAGAAUAUAAAAGCAAGAAUGCAUCCUCUUCAUCGUCGAGGCUUUUAAACACUACUUCUAAUGUUGAUGACGAUGUUGAUUUUGAUAUGGCUGAUUCCAUGAAAACCACAACAAGUAAAUUUGAUUUUAAAGGCUCCGAUAUAGGAAAACUCGUUCGUAAGAAAGCACACGAAAAUCCCAAGAUUCACAAACUCAUUCAAUCAGCCUCAAUGUUCAAUGAUGAAGGUGAUGAUGAAGAAAAUGGUGCAGCACGACAAUCUAGUGAUGAUGAUGAUCAUGAUGGUGAGGAUGAUGACGAAAUUUCCGAUUAUCGAAAAGACAAUGAAAUUUUACUGAGAGCCAUGAGAAAUGAUUCCGAUGAUGAAGAUGAAUUGGAGAAUGAUGGUAAAGAGAAUGGAGAGAAAAUUUCUGCAUUUGAUUUGCCACCUGAAGUAUUUGGAGAGGGCAAUGAUGAUGAUGAUGAGGACGAUAAUCUUGGAGAUGACGAAGAGGAUGAAGAGGACGAUGACAAUGAUGAAGACAAUGAAAAUUACGAUGACAAUGAUGAAGACGACGACAUGGAAGAAGAGCCACACGAUGAACAAGAUGAAGAGGAAGAAAAGAACAGACAAGAUAUUAUCAAAACUUUGGGUAAGGCAAAAACUGCCAAGGACCAUUCAUCAUCCUCAGAAAAUACUUCAAAAACUGAAAUGAAUGAUGAAAAGGACGAAGAAAAGUACGACAAGUCCUUCUUUUCAGAAAUUCCAGCAGAUAUUGAAGCUUCUAAAUCGUUCAAUGAUAUGAAUUUGUCGAGACCAAUUUUGAAGGCCAUCUAUGAAAUGAAUUAUGAACAUCCAACACCCAUUCAAUCUCGAUGUAUUCCUCUCUUAUUGAAAGGAAGAGAUGUUUGUGCCAGUGCUGUGACAGGUUCUGGUAAAACAGCUGCCUUUAUUUUACCGACACUGGAAAGAUUAUUGUACAGAGAUCGAUCGAGAAAAGAAACGCUCGUACUUGCUUUAUUACCAACGAGAGAAUUGGCUGCUCAAUGUUAUGAAGUUUGCAGCAAGUUUGCACAAUAUACGGACAUUAGAUGUUGUAUCAUUACAGGAGGUAACUUGAAAAUCAACAAACAAAUUCAAGUGUUGCAAACCAAGCCAGAAAUUAUCAUUGCAACACCUGGUCGAGUGGUAGACCACUUACUGAACACACCAAAUUUUGGACUCGAUGAAGUCGAAGUUUUAAUUUUGGAUGAAGCGGAUCGAUUGUUGGAGUUGGGAUUCGAACCACAAAUUAAGACCAUUUUGGAUCAUUUACCAACAGCAAGACAAACCAUGCUCUUUUCUGCCACCAUGACCGAUGAUGUGGAACAAUUAGUGAAACUCUCAUUGAAAAAUCCAAUUCGUGUCGCAUGCGAUCCUAGAACAGGCGUUGCUGGUGAAUUAACACAAGAAUUUAUCAAAAUUCCAGAUGAUCAAGACAUGAUGACCAAACAAGCUAUUUUACUCUCACUUUGCACCAAAUCGUUCACAAGUGAGGUCAUUGUUUUCUGUAAUACCAAAUCCAUGGUUCGAAAAUUGAAAAUGCUUCUCUUCUUGAAGGGGUUGAAAGUUUCCGAAUUGAGUUCCUCACUCACUCAGGCCGUUCGUUUGAAAGAAUUGUACAAAUUUGCGAGUCAUGAGACUGACUUUUUGGUGUGUACAGAUGUUGCUUCGAGAGGUUUGGAUAUUAAGGGUGUGAAAACAGUCAUUAAUUUUGAUAUGCCUCUCAACUUAAAGACCUACAUUCACAGAGUGGGACGUACGGCUCGUGCCGGUGCUUCAGGUACUGCUGUUUCAAUGUGCAGUGAGAAUAGUCUUGCAAUUUUGAGAAAGAUUGUUCGACAUGCAAAGAAAAAAGGUCAAACUGUCCAACAACGUGUCAUUCCUCCAGAAUCGAUCGAAUUUUGGUCACAAAAGAUUGAAGAAAUGAAACCUCAACUCAAAGAAUUGGAACAACAAUUGAGACUCGAAGACGAAAUGCAGCAAGCUGAAAUGUUAACCACAAAGAAUGAAAAUAUCGAAGAGUUUAAAGAAGAUAUUAUGAGCAGACCACGAAAAGAAUGGAUCAUGUCCAAGUCACAACACAAAGAACUCAAUGAGAGAGCAAAGGCCCAAAUGAUUGAGGAAGACGAAGACACUAAACCUUCACACAAGAAACGAAAACUCGAUCCUGAAGAAUACUCCGACGAAGAAAACAUGUUGAAGAAACCAGUGCGUGUUGACUAUAAGGACUUUUUAGAAAAGAAGCCAGUGGACAAGAAAACAAAACAACGCCAAGCAUUCAAACGAGAAAUGAAAGAAGCAGGUAUCAAGAAUUGGGACAAGUUUGUCAGGCGUCACGUCAAGCAAGAUAAACUCAUUAACCGAAUGAAACGAAAUAAUAUCGAGUCAGAUCUCGUGAAGAAGCACAACAAGGAAAAGGCCCUUCAACAAAAGGAAAAGAAAAAGGCAAAGAAAGAAUUCAAGGAAAAGAAAAAGGCACUUGCCAUGAAAAUGAGCUCUCAACAACGAGUGGAUAAAAAGACAGCCAAUCGAUCCUCUACGGAAAAGAAGAAAACAACCAAGAAGCCAUCUCAUGGAGGUUUUAAGAGUAGUAAGAAGUAUAAGAGAAGAUAA